AUGUCUCCCUUCAACCUCCAAACGUGUGCCAGGCCAAACAUCCUCGAGCUUCAGCCGUAUCGCUGUGCCAGGGACGACUACAAGGACGAUGGGACCAACAUCCUUCUCGAUGCCAACGAAAACGCCUACGGGCCGUCCAUAUCGGUGGCCGAUGCCAAGGCCCUGGGCGGUAGCACCGGCGCUGGCGGCCCAGAGCUGGACCUGCUGGGUCUACACAGGUACCCGGACCCUCACCAGGUGGAACUGAAGCAGCUCCUGUGUGGCCUGCGGAACACCAAGACGCACACGGCCGGGACGCUCACCCCCGCCAACCUCUUCGUCGGCGUCGGCAGCGACGAGGCCAUCGACGCGCUGCUGCGCUGCUUUUGCGUGCCUGGCCGCGACCGCAUCCUGGUCUGCCCCCCGACCUACGGCAUGUACUCGGUCUCGGCCCAGGUCAACGACGUCGGCCUGGUCAAGGUGCCGCUGCUGCCCGCCCCGGGUUUCGGCGUCGACGUCGACGCCGUCCUCGCGGCGCUGACGGCGUCGGCGGGCAACCCGGAGGCGCCGCAGGUCAAGCUGGUGUACCUCUGCUCGCCCGGGAACCCCACGGGCGCGGCGCUGGCCAAGGCCGACGUCGAGCGCGUGCUGCGGCACCAGGCCUGGAACGGCAUCGUGGUGCUCGACGAGGCUUACGUUGACUUCCAGCCCGACGGCGCCUCGCUCGCCGAGUGGGUGCUCGAGUGGCCCAACCUCGUGGUGAUGCAGACCAUGUCCAAGGCCUUCGGCAUGGCCGGCAUCCGCCUGGGCGCUGCCUUCGCCCCGGAGCCCGUCGCCCGCCUGCUCAACAGCAUGAAGGCUCCGUACAACAUCCCCAGCCCCACGAGCGCCCUGGCCGUGCACGCCGUCUCGCCCGCCGGCCUGGCCACGAUGCGCGGGAACCGCGACGCCAUCGUGCGCCAGCGCGACCGCCUCGUGCGCGAGCUGCCCCUGGUCGACGGCGUCGGCCGCCUGCGGGGCGGCGUCGAGAGUAACUUUCUGCUGUACGAGAUGCUCAACGCCCGUGGCGAGCCCGACAACGUCGUCGCCCUGGCCGUGUACGAGAGGCUGGCCGAGGCGAAGGGGGUCGUGGUCCGCUUCCGCGGCAAGGAGCACGGCUGCCUCGGGUGCCUCAGGAUCACUGUGGGCACCGAGGAGGAGGUCACCAGGUUCCUAGAUGCUCUUACAAGAACGCUUACCGAGGUCAGGAGUACCGUCACGGCGGCCGCUGACGAGGCUAAAAAGGAAGAGGCCGCCAGCAGUGUCGUUUCGUAG